AUGGGUGUAUGUGUUUCUAUUGGAAAUAACAAUACCUGUGUGGCCCGCAACGCGCAGAAACCAUUACCAGUAGAAGAAGUAACUAAAUCCGUGAAGGAGAGGAAAAAAUUGAAAAGUCAUGAAGAUGUUCCUCCACAAUUUCCAUGGCUUUUACGUACAAGGUCUCCAGGAAGAGAACCAUCUAGAUUGUUAGUGAAUGCCUGGGAGGAACUAUCACGUACUGAAUAUGCAAGUCUCUUCUUUGCCCAUCCCGAAUUGCUGUUUUCCAAUCGAGCAGCAGUUUUGUGUACAGGAGAGUUUAUUUCGGGAGAAACUGUAGGAAAGUACCGCGUCGUUGGAGCUCUUCCAACGGGGACAAUAGGCCGUAGUUUUCUUGUAUCCCGUUCAAUAAGUAAGGAAGAUGGUGAGGGUGAUAAAGGACUCAGAAAAACAGGACUCUCUUUAAAGACUCGUGGUAACGAUUCUCAAUAUUAUGUUUUUAAAGUCGUUACGUUUGUUACCCGUAUGGAGUUAGUAGAGGAUGUGCUUAAGGAUAUUAAAACCCUUUCACGCCUAAAUCAUGAAAAUAUUCUUCGUUGUGUAGAUAUAUUAGAAGAUGGAAAACAUGAAAAUCUUAUUACAGUUACACCUUAUUUAGAAAAAGGAGCUUGUGAAUCUGCUAUCGAAGGAUCAGUAAAUGAAGAGACAUUUAUUUCUACUUUAUAUUCUAUUGGAGUAGGUCUUCGUGUUCUUCAUUCUCAUAAUAUGUAUCACCACAACUUAAAACCUGAUAACAUUCUCAUUAACCAAAAUGGUUCUCCAUGUAUAUCAGAUGCAGGAUUUUGGAGAAUAUUCGCUGCCCAAACUCCAGAACAACUUGUUUUUAAUGGAGAACCUGCAUGUUUUCCUCCAGAAGUAUUUGAAACCGAUAAAGCCUUUAACGAUCCUGCAAAAGUUGAUAUUUGGGGAUUUGGAAUAUUGAUGUAUCGUCUCGCUUAUGGACGUAAUCCUUUUGAUGUUGAAGGAAAAACAUUUGAAGAAGUACGAGAUAUUGUACUACAUCAAACAAUAACAUUCCCAACUUCAGAUUGGCUUCCAUCUUCUUUUAAAGAAAUUAUUCAAACCUGUUUAAAUCGUGAUCCUGCAAAACGACCAAAGAUCACUCGAUUACUAUGUCAUUCUUUCUUUCGUACACGUUUAGGAACAGGUUUUUGUAAUAGAAGUGGUAUUUUAGGCAAUAGUCUCUUAACAGGUAUGAGUUUGGGAUUAUCAAGCACAACACUUAGUAUGAGUACAGCAGGAUCACCCGGAAUACGAACACAACUGCGAAAUGGAUUGAGAAUAUGUGUUUCUCUUGGAAAAGGUCGUGUGUGUGAAACUUUUCUUGCCCAUUUACGUCGUAAUCCAUCAGAUGAGUUUGUUGUGAAAGCAAUGAGACAUUCGGUAUUAAAAAAGAUUAAAAAACAUGAGGAAGAGAAAAUGCAUCGGGUAUUAGCUUUAUCUCGUGAUAUUUCUCAUCCUAAUAUAUUACCUUUACUUGAAAUUGUGGAUGGUCCUUAUGGUUGUUUCGCUACACAAAAGUAUGUGGAAUGUGAAUUUCUUCAUAAAAAUUUCCCUCCUUUAACGAACCGAGAUGAUCCCUCGCGUACGGUAAAAAGUAUGCUGGUAGAUGUUCUUAAAGGAUUACACGUACUUCAUGCUAAUAACAUUUCUCACAAUGGUUUAACCCCAUCCAAUAUAUUUUAUUGUCAUUCCGGUAAAUUUGUUAUUGCAGACUUUGGUCCACUCUUUUUUACGAAUGAAGAUGCCCUUCAUGGUGGAGAAGUUGGUGUUCCUUUAUAUAAUUUACCUCCAAAUAUAAUGGAAGAUCUUAUCUCUCCUUAUGGUGAAUCUAAGAAUUAUUUAGACAUUUUUUGUGUAGGAUUACUUGCUGCUUCUGCUUUACCAUCUGUAUUAAAUGAAGUUUGGGAUACUUUCUUAAUGCGAAAUACAAAAUUAUUGGUUGUAAAUGAAUUGAUUGAAAGUGUUACGAAUGCAAGUGAUACAUUAACAUCACCUCUUGUAGAUUUUAUUAUAACGGCAUUAUUGUGUAAUUGUGAUGUAAGUCAAUUACUACAUCAUCCUUAUUUAGUAAACACUGUAGAUGGAUCUGAUUUAAAAGAUAUUGAACCAUUCCAACUCCCUCCAAGUGCUUUAAAGGAUGCUGUACAUAAAGAUCUUCACUGUCAUGAUGAAGCUCGUCUUAUUGAUGUAUUGGGUCAAGAUCCUACAUUCGAAGGUAAUUUCCUUACCAGUGUUAUUUUAUUUGAAUCUGAGGGUGAUGAUGAUGAUGAUGAUAAUGAUAGUGAAUGUACUACCUUUUCAAGUAAAGAUUCCGAUUCCUACCUUCGUUUUUCUUUUGAAGAUCAAAUACAAUGUGGAUUGUGUAAUGUAGAAUUACCUAUUGUUGUGUAUAUGUGUAAUACAUGUGAGGCAUAUAUACGAUGUGGUAAAUGUGCACUGAAUGACGUCCAUGCGAAAAAUCACAAAAUGCGACCUUUACUCAUUCACACGAUUGAACACAAUAAGGAUGAGAAGAAAGAGUGUAUUCUGGUAUCUCCUGCUAGUAUUGCCAUCACACAACCCUUGGAAGAAUUAGAAAGACAAGCGAAUUUACCCAAAGGAGCUCUCACGGAAUUACCAGAGGUGGAAAAGGCAACUAUUGAACGAAGUGCAUGGAGAGUAAAAACACCCAUGUUGAAAAAAUGUCAAAAGAAAGUUUUACCAAAAGCAGCAGAAGUGGAGGAUUGUACAUGGGAAGAAGAAAUUGAAAAUUGUAGAAAAAAUCGUUCUUCCGAACUUCUUUUAUAUCGUUUUGAUUUAACUAGUGUACCAAAAGAAGUAUUUGAUCCUCCUCUCUUACAUGUAGUAUCUGUGGAUCUUAGUUACAAUAAACUAAAAAGUAUUCCACAUGAAUUAUCUUUUCUACCACAUAUUCGAAGUUUAAUUAUUGCCAGUAAUGAAUUGGAAGAACUUCCGGAUAGUUUAGCGGAUUUAAAUGAACUUGAACAUUUAGAUGUGAGUCAUAAUCAUUUACGCGAACUUCCACCAUCAUUUGUAUAUUUGGUGUCAUUAACUACUAUAGCAAUGGAUUAUAAUGAUUUUUCUGAAAUUCCAACUUGUUUAACAGAUUUGGUAACUUCUGGUACCAAAAUACCAUUACUCUCUGUUAUUUACAUGGCAGAAAAUCCUCGUAUUGUUCAAUUUCCAGAUCCUGAUGCUUUGGCAUGUUUUCCAACACUUAAACUUGCCCUUGAUAAUGAACCUACUGUGUAUGAAACCUAUAUAAGGGAGAAGUUAGAUAAAAAAAUACCAAAUGUUAAUAUGAUGUGGAAUAAAAUUUACCCUGAUCGUAUUGUUGAAAAUCUUUAUUGUGGUAGUCUUCGAACGGCUCAAUCGCAGGUGGUAUAUAAUAAACUUUCCAUCAAGAAUUUAUUAACAGUAGGUCGAGAUCUUAUGCCUGUCCCACCUGUUGGUGGUCGUCAUUUAACCAUUAAUGUAGAUGAUAUUGAAGGUGCAGAUAUUCGAACGACAUUUGAGGAAGCUUCUCUUUUUAUAGAUGAGAGUCUGCAAAGAGGUGAGGGUUGUCUUGUACACUGUUUUGCUGGUAUGUCGCGAUCCGCAACAACUGUGAUUGCGUAUCUCAUGUUGCAUCAACACAUGCGAUUGGAUGAGGCGUACUGUGUCACUCGGCGUGGGCGGCCGGCUAUUUAUCCGAAUAACGGAUUCUUUAAUCAACUUGUAAAAAUGGAUGCGACGCUAUUUCAAAAUCAGCGCCCACUAGAUAUGGCUUCUAUGGAGCGAGAUAAAAUACCCAUGGGGUAG